UAUAGGCGGAAGUGCUGCGGCGCGUGUUGGUUUAACUGAGAAGCAGCCCACGGCAGGUUUCACUAACCGGUCAGUGGUUGUUGUUAUUGCUCCUCCCAUCCUGUUCUUCUCUUCCUCUCUCGCUUCUUCUUUCUCUCCGCGCCCGCCCCGCCCUCUCUAGGGUUCUGCCGCAGCGGCAGGAAGCCAAACCCCGCCCUCUCAUCCCCGCGUGCGACCGGCUGGCGGGCGGGCGGACGAGCGAGGCAGAGAGAGACUGGGGCAAGCCCAUUGUCUGCGCUGAAGCGGCUGCGGGAAGCGCGCGAGGAGCGAAAGCGCACAACCUACCUCUGGAGAGGCAAGCACGCAUACAUACAAACAGACGCUGGUAAAGAAGCUGCGCCCAGGCGCGAUGCAGGGCGCCAACAGCCACUUUGCAGCUGCUGAGAGGCUGAGCCAAGAACCGGCCCAGGCUCGGAGCAGCUGUAGCUGUUAAAGACGGAGAGGCUGGGCCGGCUCCGGCGACUCAAACUUUGCCCUUUGGGCUGACAGGGCGCGCCUUUCUCACCCCUCCCUCCAUGGAGACGCUGAGCGCCGUGAGGGCUAAAGUAGGGGCCAGAAGCCCGGGUGGCGGCGAGGCGGCAGGAACCGGCGAGCCCCAACCCGCCUCCUCUUCGAGUCCUGCCGGUCGAGGCUCUCCUGCACAGCCAGCACCGGAUUCCCCCGCUUAUAGACUCGAAGAUCUGGAGACGCUAGCCACUGUCGGGACAGGUACUUUUGGGCGGGUUCAUCUGGUGAAAGAGAAAUCGGCCAAAUGCUACUUUGCAUUGAAAGUAAUGAGCAUUCCAGAUGUCAUUCGACUAAAACAAGAACAGCAUGUGCACAAUGAAAAAUCGGUCUUGAAAGAAGUGAAUCAUCCAUUUCUGAUCAGAUUAUAUUGGACUUACCAUGAUGAACGUUUUCUAUAUAUGUUGAUGGAAUAUGUACCGGGGGGCGAACUUUUUAGUUAUCUGCGCAACAUGGGACGCUUUAAUAACAGCACUGGACUGUUUUACUCUGCAGAGAUUAUUUGUGCAAUAGAAUAUCUCCAUUCAAAAGAAAUUGUUUACAGAGACUUAAAGCCUGAAAAUAUUUUAUUAGACAAAGAGGGGCAUAUCAAACUCACAGAUUUUGGAUUUGCUAAAAAGCUUGUUGAUAGGACAUGGACGCUCUGUGGUACCCCAGAGUAUCUUGCCCCAGAGGUCAUACAGAGUAAAGGUCAUGGAAGAGCAGUGGACUGGUGGGCUCUGGGCAUUCUGAUAUUUGAGAUGCUGUCUGGGUUUCCUCCAUUCUUUGAUGACAAUCCAUUUGGAAUAUAUCAGAAGAUUCUUGCUGGAAAAAUAGAUUUCCCCAGACAUCUGGAUUUAUAUGUAAAGGACCUUAUUAAAAAGCUUCUUGUGGUUGACAGAACAAGACGGCUAGGGAACAUGAAGAAUGGAGCCGAUGAUGUCAAGAGGCACCGAUGGUUCAGGUCUAUAGACUGGGAUGCUGUACCACAGAGAAAAUUAAAGCCUCCUAUAGUGCCGAAGGUAUCAAAUGAUGGUGAUACAUCUAAUUUUGAAGCUUAUCCUGAAGAUGACUGGAACAAAACACCUCCUGUACCUCCUAAAGAUUUAGAAAUUUUCAAAAACUUCUAAGUGGGGGACACUAAAUGUCAUUUAAGAAACUGGAAUAAGAUUAACAAGAUAGUUGGGAACUGGCCAAGAAGAACUGAAAAAAUUAAUGAAGAAUUUAUUUGAAAUGAAAUUGAAAGAAUGUUACUUCAUUAGGAAUAUUGAAACAAUGUUGAAAAAAUGGGGAAAGGGCAAUGCUCAUGUUUAGUUGUAUGGAUCUGGCAUUAGUUCAGUAAACUAAAAUACUGAAGCGCCAACCCCUGGGGUGUAGACACUGAAAUUGUUAUAGGUUUUUUUUAAUUAAUGUUAUUUUUAGUUUUGUUUCUUGCUAUGCCCAAAUAUUUCUUGCAUAGUUCUCUCAUUGACUAACUUUAUAAGUUUAUACUAAGAUUGUCAUUUAAAGCACAAAUUAGUAUAUAUGUAUAUAAAGAAAUCAGUACAGCAAAAGCACAGAAACUGUGCAGAAAUGUAAAUUUUUGUACUUUGCAGAGUCUAUGAUUUUUAUUAAAUGUUUUUCAAGAUGCUGUCUAGAAGAAAAAAAUCUUAAAAUGAUAAAUAGUUUUUUCAGCAUCUAUACAUUUUAUAAUUCUUUGUAAAAAGAAAUAUACAAGUAAAUUUUGAGAAAAUUGUAACAUUUUCAGUGCUUCACACCUGCAGCCCUACUACUUGAAAGCUGAAAGAUAAAGAACCUUGUUGUGUUUUGUUCUGUUUUAUUCUUUAUAUUGCAUCAUGUUUUCUUUAUGAAGUUGAGUUGGAAUGGUGUGUGUGCACAUCAUAAUUCUUGAUCAUUGCAGACUAUGUAAAGUGUUUUUAUUAAAUAUAUGAAAUCAUGGCAAGAUAGCACCCAUUGCUAAUAAGGGUAAGGUCUCUUCUCUGACUUUAGAUUUAGAAUUGUUGGACUUGUUAGAACCCAUAUGCAGAGUUCCAUGCAUGUAUGCCCAUCACUGGAUAAUUGCAACCUCAAUGAUGGCUUGAUGUGUGAAACAGUCUUCACAGAUCAAGUAAUAUAGUUGAAGAUUACCUGGUGUCACUUCAGAAAUAAUGUUAUUCAUACAUUCGCCUUCGUUAUCAUAUGAUAAGUAAUGAACAUCCCAGUGUGAAUCACCUCCAAAGCAGAAUCUUCUACAUAUUAAGCCUUCAGCUCCAUAAAUUAGAACUAUUUGUGCCAUUUAUAGUGUUGGAAUAAAUCAGAAAAUCUAGAAUGUAACCAUUGGGAGUAGGAAUUAUAUAUUUACAAGAUACCAAGGCUGAGCUUAAGCAGGUGAGAAGAACCUCUGGUCCUCCAGAUGUGGAUGAGCUGCAAUUCCCAUCACCCCUGACCAUCAACAGUACUAGCUGGGAAUGAAUGGAGUUGGAAGUUCAAUAUCUGGAGAGCCAUGGAUCUUCCACCCCUGAGCUAGAGAUUGUUUGGGCUGUUAAAACAUAGUACUACUACUAGGAUUUGAGCUUACUUAUUUCUGGCAAGUUUAACUUUGAAUUGGCAUGUAGGUGUAAAAAUAAAUAUUCAGCAGAUCUACAUUCAGAUAAAUAUUUGUAUGUGAAAUUCUCUCAAAUAAUGGCUUAGAUACCUGUCAGGGUUGUUGAUGUUCUGUCAGUAUAUAUUUGAAGAAGUUACUUUUAAAAACAAAACAGUGACUGAUUCUUUUCCCCCUAUCCUGCAGAUCUAAGUGGCCCAUGUAUAUGCAAUUUAUAAAUGUAAAGGUUUGCUCAGUUUUCUGGUCAGCUUUUGCUAUGAUCUUAACCUGAGAUGUUCCAAGAACCACAGCUUUCAUUUUUUGUACAUAAGAGCACAUUUCUAGACCAUACAAUGGAAAACAUGGGCUCUAAAUAAAAAGGAAAUAGUGUCUGCAGUGAAAUAAAACUUUUCAAUUUCCUGUUACCUACCCAGUAUCAAACAAGUUCUAGUGCUUUUUCUUGUGUGCUCAUUGAAAAAAGUACAGAAUAUCUACCUGAGAAUAAGUGACUGUUUUGCUGUUACUACUUCUGCUGAUUCUGAACACACAACAUUUGUGUGACUUCCAUUACUCUUGCUAGGUAAAUCUGCCAAAUCUUGACGUUCUGUGUUGCAAAAUCUUAAUAUUUGAUGAGCAGUAAAUUAAGGUGCUUGCAAAUAGUGUAUUUCUGUUUGUUCCUAGCCUGCACCAGUUUUAACUACUGGAACAAUCCUGUACAAGACAAUGAAUACACAGAGACAUACUGCUCAGUUCAUGCAUAUUCAGCCAAACCAUGAGUUAGCAUGCAUGUGCAUUGUUCUGGAGAGGAGGUUGUGAUCCGGGAACCAAGAACAAACCUUGUUUACAGCUCAUGUUUUGUCUGGAGUGAAAACAAACCAUGAGCCCAGGUUCAGUUUAGCCCAGGGUAGCUCAGCAGGUGGAGGAUCAGGGAAGGAGCACAGCAGCCUCUUAACUCCUCUCGAGGAACCCACAUGUUUGUACUAAGCCAUGGUUUGGCUUAGUGUUAUAUAUGAACUGUCAAUAUAUAAUAUGUGGUGGUCUUCUCUGUCAUAGAUUUAUAUAAUCUGAACUCAGUUAUACUAUUAGACUUCUUUCUUCCAAAAGAAAAAGUAACACUACAGUAAUAUUCUGGAGCAUGAGACAUUUAGGUUAGAAUUCUUUUUCUUAUUUUAAAGGUACACUGAGACGAUGUUCUUAGAGUUCUUAGUUGAUUCUAACUGAAUGUAGUAAGUUAAUGUAGUUGCUAUCCUUGCUGUUCUACAUCUCAAAUCAGUUUUUAAUUUCCACUGGUUAGCACUGAUACACUUCAGGAAAGACUACUAGAAAUUGCAAACUGAAGUUGCAUGUUUAAUGAUAAUAUGUACUAGAAGAAAUUGAGAUAUUCACUUGGUUGCCAAGCCAAUUUUAACUUCAGUUGUAAGUAUCCAGUUAUUUAAAAGGCUAUUGCUUAAUUUUUUACUUAGCUAUAAAAGUUAUACCAGAGAGUUGUGGCUUUCAUUUGGCAAGUAAAUGAUCCUUUAAAAAUCAAUUAUGUACUGUAAAUUAAAUUAUGCAUAAGAAGAAACUGAAUCUUCAAUUGUAUGAAUGACAGGGGCAUCUUAGAAUACUAGUUCCCUUAGCAUAAUUCCACAAUAUAAAGGAGCUGUUGUGAUGUAUUUGUUCACAAGACACUGAUGAUGCUAAGCAAAUAUUGUGCACUGAAGUCUGAAAUUUUCCCCAUUGGUUAAUUUAGCAGUAUGCCACUAAACUGGAAAAACAAAAAAGGUGCCUCAAGGAAUGGAUGUUGCAAAUUGGAUAUUGUGCUCUUAAUUGUAUCUUACAGGUUUAUGCUAUAGGGUACCCAGAGAAAACUGUUACUGACAGCUUUAUAUAAACAUUGUUUAUAAAAUGAACAAGUACAAAUAUCUACCAGAGCUGCAGACACUGGGUUGGAUUCAGACUAAAUUAGUUGAACUUUGGUCCAAUUAAGUGGGACAAUUUAAUCUUGACUUUGAUACCCACUCAUUUCAAUAGUAACUAAGUUCACCUAAACCCCUAUUCAGGCAUUAUAGCUCCCAUGAAUAGCAGCAUGGCAGCAGGAGCAGAGUGAGUAUCCAUGCCCCUGGCAUCUGCACAUACAUCUACAGGGAAGGAGGCCUUUACACAUACAGACGUGCAUACAAAGGCUUCAAUUUGACCUGAAACCACAACAACUCUGGGUUCCAUUUGUGUUGAAGCCUUUGUGUGAAGCUGCUACCAUGUUACUGUAUACUGGAGCUAUAACACCUGAACAGGAAUUAGCUGAGGCUGCAGUCCUAUACACUUUGGCCCUCCAGAUAUUGUUGGAUGUCAACUUUCAUUUGCUGCAACCAGCAUGUCCAAUGGCCGGGAAUGAUGGGAGUUGUAAUCCAACAACAUGUGGCAGGCCACAGGUUCCUCACGUGCUCUAUGUCCCUCCUGAGUCACACUUAAACAUUUUCAGAUACCUAUUUUUAUUAGAAUUAAUCCUUAUUCUCCAUGCCUUAUUUUUAUAAUGGUUUGAUUUUUAAAAAUUCAAUCAGAAUUCCAUUUUUCCACAUUGGUGCAAAUCUUUUGUAGUAAAUCGAUGGAUGAAGCCACAAUAGCUCUCCUCUAGGACCUUCCCUGUAUUCAGUUAUAUGGUGGAUACUUGGAAUAAUUUUGUAACGAAAUAUGAUACAAUAUAACUUCAAUGAGGGACGGGUCCUAGAUUGCCUAGAUUUGCUUGCACAUCUGUGCUGGUGUUGAGUUCAACAAAAGUGUUCUGCUGUAGAAGUGCAAUUUUAAUUUAUAAAAUUGUAGGUACUAAACUAUGUUUAACUGGAUGAACAGAUCUUGGAAAGCAAACAGCAAGCCAGUCAUCUUGCCAUACAAGAGAAUUUAGAUUCAGCUAUUAUUACAGAAUUUUUCAGCUUUCAAGAACUGUAGCAUGAUUCCUUUGUACUGUACUGUGUACAGAUUUCCUGUGUUUUGCACUUUUCUAUGGCAAACAUGACAGCUUUAUAAAUAUUCUGUUGUAUAGUAAGUAAGGUAUAGUUACAUCUAUGUACAAAACCAAACUGAACAAAUUUGACUUCCAAGGCUGACUUGGACUGAUGUCAGAAGUUGCUUGCUAGUUCUAACUCAUGUAUACGUACUGUACAAAUACAUAAGUCAGUCCUCAUUGCACAAUGAAAAUCACUGUGAUCUGUAAAUAAAACUUAGUCCAGAAA